AUGGAAUCAAUGGAAUAUGAGCUCGCUAGAAACCUCACUCUGUUAUUCUUCGUGGAACGCCUGCUCGACAAAGGCGAGCCGAGAACGUUGCACGAUCUUUCCUGCCAGUUUGGUGCCAAAGGAUUCACUAAGGAGAUGCGCCAGAUCGCUGGCGGGUCGCAGUCGGGCUUGAAGAAGUUCCUGGCUCAGUACCCGGCGUUGUUCAGCAUAGACGGGGACUAUGUUGAUAUCAACACGUUCCAGAGGCACCCGAGUGGCGGUGGCGCGUCAUCCAACAAUGACUACAUCGAAGAAGCAAAAGAAUAUUUCGCCAGCAAGAUGAUCCAGUACGGUGAAGGUACGGAGGUGCCUAUUAAAAGCCUCUUAGGCCAUCGCAGCCAAGCAUCACCUCAGGUACGUCAUAUCUCCGGUCAGCGUAUUAAGGAGUUUAAGGAUUUUCUCUUGAAACAUCCUGAUACGUUCCAGAUCAUUGAUGAUAAUGUCGUUCUAGUCAGUGAGAAUCAUAGGAGAGGUAACACUUGUAGUAAUUCUGAACAAUUUCACAAUUUGCCUGUAGCUAAUAUUAAUACAGACACAGCACAGCAACUAUUAGAUUAUGUUGCUCAGUGCAUAGAGGCUAAGGGUCCUGUAAUGGUAGAUCAGCUAUUCCACUUGAUUGUGGGUCGCUUUCCUCAAGAGUACUGGUACCAAAUGUUCAAAACACCUGCAGACUUGAGCGCAUUCCUUAAAAUAUUCUCUGACAGUUUCCAUGUCCAAUCAAACCUUGUCACACUAAUUAGUAAACCAAAAAUACCUGUCAUGUAUCUCAAUGCGAAAUCAAAAGCAAAGACUGAUCCACCAAAGCCAAUUGUUGAAGAAAAACCACUCUCCCCAGCUCCACCAACAGUUGCGAGUCCUACUCCAUCAGAUGGCAAAAGGAGCCCUGCCAAUAGAAUACUCAGUCCUAUAGAAUCUCCCCGUGGUCCUCAAGCUAACAUUGCUAACCAGACUCUGAAACAGCGGAUCAAUUCUAUUGUCAUAAAAAACUUGGCUGAGAAUAUGGUCAGGGAUAGGGUGAACAACACC